AAAAAUCAAAGCUCAAAUAAAGUGUUAUAAAUAAUUGAAUAAAUUUUUUUAAUAUAAAAAACGAGUGAUAUUAGUUUAACAAAAAAAAAAAAUUUAUAUUUUCAGAAAAAAAGUAUUUAAAUUGUUUAAAAAAAAAGUGAUUAAGAAUGUUCAAUUGAUAGUAAUAGUUUAGAAAAAAAAAAAAAUAAUAAUGAAUGUAUUUAAAAUUGAUCAGUCGUUGACGACUGGACUUUGUAGUACAACACCAGACACACUGACAUCAGAUGCAUCAUUUGAUGCAGGAAAUGAAUUUAAUCUUAGUUAUUUUGAUGGUCCUGAGGAUAAUAGUACACAAGGAUUUAGUGAUCCUGGUUCAGUUGGUAGUGCAAGUGUAUCACCACCUCCUGGUACACCAGGAAAUAUAACUGUUAAUUCAACAAAUAAUAAUUUACAACAUAUACAAGUGACCACUGGUAUCGCCAUUAAGCAAGAACAACAUUACGCAGCAGCUGAUUCAAAUAGUUCAACUCCAGCAAAGAGUUUCGUUCCAUGCAAAGUAUGCGGUGACAAAGCCAGUGGAUUUCAUUAUGGUGUUACUAGUUGUGAGGGUUGCAAGCAAAUAACACCUGGAAUCAACAACAACAACAACAACAACAACAGCAACAACAACAAUAAUAAUACAACAACGAGUAAUAAUAAUGUCAAUAAUAAUAGUAAUAAUAACAAUAAUAACAACAAUAACAAUAUUAAUAAUAAUAACAACAACAACAAUCAAAAUCAAAAUGUUAUUUCACGUAUACCAACUACAGUUGUUGAAGCUGAUCAAUCAGAUGCUGAUGGUAAACAAUUAGCUGUUUAUGAUGUUAUACUACAAGUAUCACAAGCACAUAAUGCACAUUGUGGAUUUACUGAAGAAUCAACGAGGGGUAUUACUAAAAAACCAAUGAUCAUACCGCCUGCAAGCCCAGAAGAUCCAGAGGCAGCAUCAUCAACUGCUGAAACAGUUGAAUCACAAAGAAUUUGGUUGUGGCAACAAUUUGCAACAAGAGUUACACCAUCAGUACAAAGAGUAGUAGAAUUUGCAAAACGUGUUCCUGGUUUUUGUGAAUUAACACAAGAUGAUCAAUUAAUACUUAUUAAAGUUGGAUUUUUUGAGGUAUGGCUUUGUCAUAUAUCACGUAUGACAAGUGAAAGUUCAAUGACAUUUGAAGAUGGUACAUAUAUUACAAGACAACAAAUUGAACUUAUGUAUGAACCUGAUUUUGUAAAUGCAUUGAUGCAAUUUACAUUAUCAUUAAAUGCACAUCAAUUAUCAGAUGCUGAAUUAGGAUUAUUUUCUGGUGCUGUUUUAUUAAGUGAAAGACCUGGUUUAAAUGAUGUUAAAGCUGUACAAAAAUUACAAGAUCGUUUACUUGAAGGUUUAAGAAUACAAGGAACAAGAAAUCAUACAAAUGAUAUAUCACCAAUUAUUGGAAUUUCACAAAGGUUACCAGAAUUACGUGCACUUGGUUUACGACAUGCAAAUUUACUUGAAUGGUUUAGAAGAAAUUGGAUUAAAUUAAAACUUCCACCAUUGUUUGCUGAAAUAUUUGACAUUCCAAAAUGUGAAGAAGAUUUACAAUGAAAUAAAUAAUUUUAAAAACAAUUACAAUUAAACAUUUAUAAAUUUUACUGAUCAAAUAACAAAAUAGACAUAUCGAAAAAAAAAAAAUAUCACAAGAGAAAUUACCUUCUUCGACAAUUGUCUCAUCUAAAAACGUAAUAAUAAAAAAAAUAUAUUAAAUUAAAAAUAAAGUACCCCUGAAUAAUACUCAUCAUCAAGCUAAGAAAAAAAGAAAAUAGUAAAAACAAAAAAAAAUUAAAGAUAAAAAAAUUUCAUAGGCGUGUUUUAGAUGCAUGCUUCACAAUCUACGCAAUCUAUUUUUAUUACUCGACUUAGACUAGUACGAAAGAAAGCCAAUUUCAUGAUAAUAGUUUUUUUUAUUUUUCAAAUAAUUUGAAGAUAAAAAAAAAUAUAAAAAAAUUACAUAUCUUUAAAUCUUUUUCUCUGAACGAAAAAUAAAACCAUAAAUAAAUAUUUUCUUUUUUUUUUUUUUUUUUUUUCGUUUAUAAAUAUCAAUAAAAUAAUGUGAAUACAGAUCAGCAUGGUGAUUAUUCUCACAAAGGAAUUGGAUUGUAUCGUAAAGUAGAUAAAAAAAAAAAAACAUAUUUAUAUAAAUAUAUUUAAAAUAAACGUCGAUAAGGUGACAAUUAAUUUGCUCAGAAUUUGCACAAUCAUAUCAUUAAUUUAUCCUUCUAUUUUUCAUGAUGAAAAUGAAACUGAAACUGACAAUGACUAGGCUUAAAAAAAAAAAUACAU